GCGGGGGAGCCCCGCCGAGACCAUGAGGAAAUUCAACAUCAGGAAGGUGCUGGACGGCCUGACCGCCGGCUCGUCCUCGACCUCACAGCAGCAGCAGCAGCAGCAGCCGACUGGGAACCGUGAGCCGGAGAUCCAGGAAACGCUCCAGUCCGAGCACUUUCAGCUCUGCAAGACUGUUCGCCAUGGAUUUCCCUAUCAACCCUCAGCCCUGGCCUUUGAUCCUGUGCAGAAGAUCCUGGCAGUGGGAACUCAGACUGGUGCUUUAAGGCUGGUUACAUUUUGCCAUCUGCCUUUCCAGAGUAAGUGGCUCUAUGUGGGCACUGAACGAGGUAAUAUACAUAUUGUCAAUGUGGAGUCCUUCACACUCUCAGGCUACGUCAUUAUGUGGAAUAAAGCCAUUGAACUGUCAUCUAAAUCUCACCCAGGACCUGUUGUCCAUAUAAGUGAUAAUCCAAUGGAUGAGGGAAAGCUUUUGAUUGGCUUUGAAUCUGGAACAGUAGUCUUAUGGGACCUCAAAUCAAAGAAAGCUGACUACAGAUACACAUAUGAUGAGGCUAUCCACUCUGUUGCUUGGCAUCAUGAAGGAAAACAAUUUAUUUGCAGUCAUUCAGAUGGCACCUUGACUAUAUGGAAUGUGAGAUCCCCUACUAAGCCUGUGCAGACAAUCACUCCACAUGGAAAGCAGUUAAAGGAUGGGAAGAAGCCAGAACCAUGCAAACCUAUCCUCAAGGUGGAAUUCAAAACGACUAGAUCUGGUGCUGUGGUUGUUCUUCUAGAAAAGGAUUUAGUACUUAUAGACCUUGCACAAAAUGGAUAUCCUAUAUUUGAAAAUCCCUAUCCUUUGAGUAUACAUGAGUCCCCUGUUACAUGUUGCGAAUACUUUGCUGAUUGUCCUGUGGACCUUAUUCCUGCACUUUAUUCAGUCGGAGCUAGACAGAAGCGUCAAGGUUACAGCAAAAAGGAGUGGCCCAUCAAUGGAGGUAAUUGGGGCUUGGGUGCUCAAAGUUACCCAGAAAUAAUUAUUACAGGGCAUGCUGAUGGGUCACUUAAGUUCUGGGAUGCUUCUGCAAUAACUCUACAAGUAUUAUAUAAACUAAAAACAUCAAAAGUAUUCGAAAAGUCAAGAAAUAAAGAUGACAGGCCAAACACAGACAUUGUAGAUGAAGAUCCAUAUGCCAUUCAGAUCAUCUCGUGGUGUCCAGAAAGUAGAAUGCUGUGCAUAGCUGGAGUUUCAGCUCAUGUCAUUAUUUAUCGAUUCAGCAAACAGGAAGUGAUUACAGAAAUCAUUCCGAUGCUUGAAGUUCGAUUGUUAUAUGAGAUAAACGAUGUGGAAUCUCCAGAGGGUGAGCAGCCACCACCUUUGCCAACACCUGUGGGAGGUUCCAAUCCUCAGCCCAUUCCUCCUCAGUCUCAUCCAUCUACCAGUAGCAGUUCAUCUGAUGGGCUUCGUGAUAAUGUACCUUGCUUAAAGGUGGUUUUUGGCAAUUGUAAUGGCAUUGCUAUGGUUGACUACCUCCAGAAAGCCGUGCUGCUCAACCUGGGCACUAUUGAAUUAUAUGGCUCUAAUGAUCCUUAUCGGAGAGAACCCCGAUCUCCUCGUAAAUCUCGACAACCUUCAGGAGCAGGUCUGUGUGAUAUUAGUGAAGGGUCUGUAGUCCCAGAAGAUCGCUGCAAAUCUCCAACUUCUGGUUCUUCAUCACCACACAAUUCAGAUGAUGAACAAAAAAUGAAUAAUUUUAUAGAAAAGGUGAAGACCAAAAGCAGAAAGUUUUCCAAGAUGGUAGCCAGUGACAUAGCAAAGAUGUCAAGGAAGUUAAGCUUGCCUACUGACCUAAAGCCUGAUUUAGGUACUAUAUUGAGGUUAAAAGGUGCAAUCUUGAGAAUGGCAUUUCUGGAUACCACAGGCUGCUUAAUGCCACCUGCACAUGAACCCUGGAGAGAGCACAACGUUCCUGAAGAAAAAGAUGAAAAGGAGAAAUUGAAAAAGCGGCGACCUGUCUCAGUAUCCCCCUCCUCUUCUCAGGAAAUUAGUGAAAACCAGUAUGCAGUGAUAUGUUCUGAAAAGCAAGCAAAAGUAAUUUCACUGCCAACCCAGAACUGUGCUUAUAAGCAAAACAUUACAGAGACCUCAUUUGUGCUCCGUGGAGAUAUUGUAGCAUUGAGCAACAGUAUCUGCCUUGCCUGUUUCUGUGCCAAUGGACACAUUAUGACAUUUAGUUUGCCAAGUUUAAGGCCUCUGUUGGAUGUGUAUUACUUGCCCCUUACCAAUAUGCGGAUAGCCAGAACGUUCUGCUUCACCAACAAUGGACAAGCAUUAUAUCUUGUUUCACCUACAGAAAUCCAGAGACUGACUUAUAGUCAAGAGACCUGUGAAAAUCUUCAGGAAAUGUUGGGUGAACUCUUCACUCCUGUAGAAACACCUGAAGCACCAAACAGGGGAUUCUUUAAAGGCUUAUUUGGAGGUGGGGCACAAUCUCUUGAUAGAGAAGAACUAUUUGGAGAAUCGUCCUCGGGAAAGGCCUCAAGGAGUCUCGCACAGCACAUCCCUGGCCCUGGUGGUAUUGAGGGUGUGAAAGGGGCGGCGUCUGGAGUCGUCGGGGAAUUAGCACGAGCUAGGCUGGCACUAGAUGAAAGAGGGCAGAAACUGGGCGACCUGGAAGAAAGAACUGCAGCUAUGUUAUCAAGUGCAGAUUCAUUUUCUAAACAUGCUCAUGAGAUGAUGCUGAAAUACAAAGAUAAGAAGUGGUACCAGUUCUGACAACUAGAAUCCAUUAAGUUCAACUUCAGCCAGAAGGAAAAAUGUUUUCCUUUUUUAUUACAUUGAUUUAUUUAGGAAAGUUAACAUUAAAGGGAUGUUCAUCGCUGAAUACUGUUCUUUCCUAGCACAAUCAUGCACUGUUUUACCUCAGUCAUGUGGCUUUAACUGAGGAGUGUUCACACACUCAAACUGGAGUAGAUGGUGUGUGCCAGCUGUGAGUUGACAGUCUGGGAACCAAGCAGUCACACGUGACAGAUGAAGAAACAAAGGGGGCUGUUGAAGAGAUAUGGCAGGGACUAACCCUGGAUCGUUCCUGUGUUAAACCUUCAUAUGCCAAAAGAUUGUGUGCCGUUGUAUCUGCCGUCAGUGUUUGACCUGUUUAGGGGAGAGGCAAUGAGUCAGAAGUCCUGAAGCUGAAAUAGUUAUAUUUAUGUCAUUGGACUGGAUCAUAAACAGCUGUCUUGGACUUUCCCUCUCUUAAACUGACUGGUCGUCAGCAUCAUUAGUGAAAACAGAAACAAACUGUUUGUUACCAUAUCUUUAGACAGAUAAGCUGAAUGGUGGGCUUUAAAUAAAAAAAAAAAACAUACACAUAGUUGA